ACGACGCUUGACCAGAUGACCAUUUACAUACAUUACCUAAGCCCAGUCGGGGGCGGUUUGCGGGCCCAGUGCUGUGCAGUGCUUUGGCCCUCCAAGAACCCUCACGAAAACGAAAGAAAACGAGCGAAAGCAGUGACUUUAACACACACACUUCGUUCAUUUUUAUCUCAAGGAUCAAAUUCAAUUCCAUCCAACACGAAGACCCUAGAAAGUUACAAUAUAAAAAAUAUAUAUAACCGGUACAACAAAAACAGAAUAGAGAGAAGGAAAAAAAAAAGAGAAAGACCUCUCGUUUAACCUACAUAAAACAAUCAAACGCACGACAUCCAACCCUUCGAAAAGAGCGUGUGCGAGAGAGAGAAAGAGUAAAAAGAGAGGGUUGUUGAAAAUUCAUGGGUUUUAAUUAUUAAGAGGGGUGAUUUUAUCGGCGAACUCUGUAAUCGCAACGACAAUUACGCUUAUUUAGAUAUCUUUGAUAGUAGGUCGUGAUGUUUCCUCGGAAAGAAUGGGUCUUAAGAUGUGGCAGUGGUUGUUCUUGGUGAGCUUCUGGUGGUCGCAGGGGGUGGAUGGAGCCCCGUUCUUCGACCCCACCGCGCUACUUCGCAAUGUCCUGGUGCCGGCGGACGCGGCCGUCGGCACCAUCAUCUACAGAUUACGAGCCUCAGAUCCGGCCUACGAUUACCCCAUGACCUUCGACAUCCAGGAUGACGCGACGACCGUGUCCGUGGAUACGCUCAACUGCAGUCGCUUCAACUCGGUGUGCCAGGCCAACGUCGUGCUGCAGAGACGUCUGGAGGCGGGAAGGUUCUACGAUUUUAAGGUCACGGUGAAGAACGUCCGAGGCGGAAGGGCCUCGAUGGAUUGCUCUUUUAGGGCAACAAAUGCAACCACUCCAAUCGGUGAGAUAUUUCCUGGGGCUCCGACGCUGCUGAUGGUGUCGGAGAGCGCGAGGAGACACACGGAAUUGGGAAGUCUCGUGGCCAGAGGGAAUCCGAACAGAGAAAAAGCUGUGCUUCUGGAGCUUUGGGGAUCGCCGUUGUUCAGUCUUCGACAGAGGUUGAUUUCGGAGAAGGAUGCUGAAGGAACGGUUUUGCUGCUGGGGAAGCUCGAUUACGAGACCAAAACCGUACAUCAUCUGACCAUUCUAGCUAAUGACCCUUGGACGGAAGCGGAAACUGACUCACGCAACAUAGCCGCUUGGCCGCUGCUGGUGGCGGUCCUCGACGAGCAGGACACGCCGCCCGUCUUCACGAAGGCCCCACCGACGACGGCCCUUGAUCCUGACCUCCAACCCGGCGAUGUCGUCCUUUCGGUUAAGGCCGAGGACGGCGAUAGGGGCAAACCGCGAGACAUUAGAUACGGUCUAGUAUCCGAAGGAAACCCAUUCACUCCGUUCUUCGAUCUAUCGGAGGAAACCG